AUGCAAAUGAUGAAACUUGACUUGGGGCAUGGCCAACUUCAGAAGUACAAACCCCUGCUUCACGAGCAGCUCAAAGUCAGCACUGCCGUGGGUGAUCCGAAUGCCCGUGGUCAACAAAAUGAAUCCCUCGCGUGGUUCUGGUCUGUUGAGGUUGACAUGCAUGGUCCGGAUCAAUCAUGGAAUGAGGAAUUUUACCGAGUUCACUGGCUCUGGGCAAAGGCACUACAGGAUCGAUGGAAGGAAGAGCUGAUGUUGGUCCAAUUCGAGAUGGAUUGGACAUGUAACUUUUUCUUGUGGAAAGCAACCCAAUGGGGCGACCAGAUGCAGGAAUCAUUCACGAAAUGA